GGGCGAGGUUUGAUGCAUUAUAAAAGCAGCAGCAGGAGCAGACAGUCAGACCUCGACAUCUUCACUUCAGCUGCUGUAUCUACUCAGAAAUAUUUACACAAACAUGGCCACAAACAUAGGAUCAACCAGAUCAAAUAAUGCAGAGCUGAGGAUAGUGAUGGUGGGGAAGACAGGAACUGGGAAGAGUGCCACUGGAAACACCAUUCUUGGACGACAAUGCUUUGAAUCAAAGUUCUGUGCCAAGUCUAUGACUGUAGACUGUUCUAAGGGCAAAGCCACAGUGGGUGGCCAACAGGUUGCUGUCAUUGACACCCCAGGCCUGUUUGACACCAGGUUUGGUAUGGAUAAGACAGCUAAAGAUCUGGGCCAGUGCAUCUCUUAUGCUUCUCCUGGACCCCAUGUGUUCCUGGUAAUCAUCAGGCUGGGGAGAUACACUGCUGAAGAAAUGCAGACGGUGCAAAGGAUUCAAGAGAUCUUUGGCCAAGCAGCAGACAAAUACAGCAUGGUUCUCUUUACUGGUGGUGACCUACUUGACACUACCAUCGAGGAAUUCUUGAAUGAAAGCGAAGAUCUUCAACAGCUGGUGACCAGAUGUAACAACCAGUACCAUGUUUUCAACAAUAAUGCAGAGGAUCCUUCUCAGGUCACUGAGCUGCUCCAGAAGAUCAGACAUAUAACCCGGAAGAACGGAGGAAGCCACUACACCAACGAGAUGUUCCAAGAGGCCGAGAGGAAACUAGAAGAGGAGAAACAACGCAUCCUAAAAGAGAAAGAAGAGAAAAUACGAAAAGAAAAAGAGGAAGUGGAGCGAAAACUUCAGAAAAAAUAUGAAGAGGAAAUGAAGAAAAUGAAUGAGCAACUCCAGGCUGAGAGAGAGAGGGAGAGGAAACAGAGAGAGGAGGAGAUGAAGAUGAUGAAGCUGGAGAUGAAUGAGGAAAGACGGAGGGAGAGGGAAGAGAGAGAAAUAGGGCGACAGAAAGAGAGAGAGGAGAGAGAAAGAGAGAGAACGAUCAUGAUGAAGAGAAUGCAGGAAGAACAUGAGAGAGCACUGAGAGAGGAAAGAGACAGGGUGCAGGCCAGAUUUGAGAGAGAGGCCAGAGCCGAAGCUGAGGGUAAAAGUUUAUUUGAUCCUCUGAUUAAAGUUGUUGCUGGAAUUGUAAGUGGGAUUUUGAGACUUUUUAGAUGAGCGGUCCCCAAUCCAGGUGACUGAAACACAGAGGAACCCCACACAGACGAAAAUAUAAAAUAUAUAUAUAUAAAAUUAAAGACAAAACUACAAUCAUCAGAUCUCCUUUUUAUCGUUUUAAAUUAUCCAAGUGAUGAAGCUACUUUUCUUUGUUGAAGUCAAGCUGUGUACUGCAUGUUAGUCACUAUCAUACAUAGUGUGGGUGAAUUUUCCAUUCUGAUUGGCUUGAGGGUGUCAAUUAACUUUGGAUAUAGUGAAACUUUCAGUGAAACAGCCUGAUUAUUGGACUAAAUCAAUGUGCUAUAACCUGUAUCUAAAAUGAGUGGCACUGGCAUCAGCUGGCUGCAGAAAUCUCAAUGCUUGAAAUAAAUUAAAUUAAAAAAAUCCGAACUCUUGUAUACAACUUGAAGUGUAGUCCUUCAGUGUAUUAUCCUCUGAAGACCACAUGAUGGUGCUAUAAACACACAAGCUGCAACAAGGCGCUUACACUCAUAAAUGAAAUAGUGGGUAACCUGAGUGUCCGCUGGCUGAACUGUCCAUGAUAAGUAAUGGAUAACUCAUAUAAUGAUGAGCAAACUCUGAUUUGAAAAAGCUGAUUAAACUAUGUACAUUUACUUUCCACUUCAGCCUUGCUACACUGUCCCUCUGAGUUUACUAUAUCAAGCGAUCCUCCCACAUCUUAUUAACUAUUUAACUCACUACUUAACUCACUACUUCACGCUGCAGCUGGCCAGUCAUUUGUUUGUGUAGGAAAAUACACACAAAUUCACUUAAGUGUUCUUUGUCAAGUGAUCAUGAUAUAAGCAGCUUAAUGCCCUUUGAAGUCAGGAGCCACCGCAAAAUCCACUGGUUCAGACCUCCAUCUCGUCCAUUAAUUCCUCAUGAUGGAAAUCUCGUCCCUUACACAUCAUAGGCUCACACUGCCAUCUUGUGUUCUUUCCACAGAAUGAUUUUAAUAUAGAAUGAACAGAAAUGUGGUGCGAAGGGAAACAUUUGACAGUAUAAAUGUUUAUAUAUGAUUUAUACUUUUUAGAUCAGAACUCCUGGUUUGCUUACCAGUUAAUGAAUUGUAUUAUAUGGUGUUCCACAUUCAAAUGCUGCAUUUUGUUUUCUGCAGACUAAUUGCUAUUUUUUUUUUUUUACUCACUCACUGAUUGUGUAACUGUUUGCAAAAACGUGUAUUAUUUCUGUUCAUCUGUUGGUCCCAAUUUCUCACUAACAAUUGAUUUCAUGGACUAUGAUGAUAAUGCGACUCAAGAACAAAUGUGAAAUAAAGAAGUGAUAACAUUCAAUGGGCUACUUUACCAGAAGUGAGAAAGUCAGAAAAAGGAAUGAUCCUUUGGCAUCACACGAACAUGCCCUUUUUACAACAAACUGGAAAGUUUUCUUUGUGGAAGUGCCUAAAACUGUUUUUGAAGGGGAAUUGUUGACUAGCAUGGUGAUAAAAGUGUGGUACGGUCUCUCUCCCUCCAAAUGUAAUCAGACUACUUUUACUGGUAUUGUGUGAAGUUGACUGGACUGGGUCAAAGAUUUUCAAUUUCACUGGUUUUGUUGAUGAUGCAACUCAAGAACAAAUAUGAAAUAAAGACUUUGUAUGAGA